CGUUUUGGUCAUUUUCAACACUUCCUCGUUCGCAGCUCGAUGUGCAGCUUCGUGUCCCGCCGCUGAGGCCGAGCGGAGCCGCGUAGAGGAGCUUUCUGCUGGAUCCGGGACGACCGGAGCCGCUGCAGACAGAGACAGGAGCAGCAGGUCGGUUUCCGUGAGUCGGAGCGCCGCGCCGCGAAGGAUUCAAACAGGUGUCCGCUGCUCUGCCAUCAGCCCGGAGGAAGAGGAGGAGGGGGAGGAGGAGGAAGGCUCGUGGUAAUGUCACAAUAUUCGUGUCUGUGGAAAAUGUGCGCGUCUUCGUGUCGAUGCUGACGGAACCAAACGUGCAGAAAAGCCUCCACCGCCGCGUCUAAAGCCGCCUCCUUUCUCCGGAGGACGAGGAGGCGCUACCCGACCUCCCCACGGGACAGGCCCACCGACCCACGCUGAUAACAGGUGUGUCUGAGCAGGGCAGCCCGGCCGGUUCCUGCCCGCCCCCUCCCGGUGCCUCCCUCCGAGCACAGCUUAUUCACACCGGACGCACAUUGUCGCCGUCGCGGCAUCGGAAGCCUCGUUGUUCUGCUUCGGUGGUGCGUAAUAGGAGGAAGAGCGGCGGAUCUAGAGCUCCGGUCCACCGUCGGACGGGACCGGGAGGCUCGGAGCGUCUCUGGAGGGUCUGAGCGCACCGGGGACGGUCCGAGGUCCGGGUUUUUCCACCGGAUUUGUUUAUUUGUGGAUUCUGUGAUUCGCUAAAAAAAGAGGCGAAUUUACCGGACAACAGAGUGUCAUCAUGACAAGCAGGAAAGCGGCCAGCGGCGGAGACUCCUCCGGUACCGACAGCCAGCAGAGGAGUCCCGGAGGAGGCGGCGGAGCUCCGGAGCCGGAGAUGUUCGGGGAGUUCCAGGACUGGUGCCUCCGGACCUACGGGGACUCCGGGAAGACCAAGACCGUGACCCGGCGCAAGUACAACAAGAUAGUCCAGACGCUGCUGCAGGGCGACGAGGAGAACAGCCGGGGGGUGGGGGGUCAGGAGAACAGCCGCGGGUCGGUGGUCCAGGAGAGGAACGGCGGACACAUCAACGCCAAGUUCAAGUUCUGGGUCAAGUCCAAAGGGUUCACGGUGGGAUCUGUGCAGGACGCGGAGCUCGGAGCAGACAGAGCGGUGCUGUACGUCCCCAUCAAGGCGACGAGCGUGGACGGCGUCUCGGGCGUGGACUCGUCCCUGAAGCGAGUCGCCGUGGUCGAGGAUUUCUUCGACAUCAUCUACUCCAUGCAUGUGGAGAUCAGCAGUGACCCUGGAAAGGCCCCGAAGCACGCCGGCCAGAAGAAAACCUACAAAGCUAUCGCUGAGACGUACGCCUUCCUGCCCAGAGAGGCAGUGACUCGUUUCCUCAUGAGCUGUGGAGAAUGUCAGAAGAGGAUGCACAUCAGCACCACGGGCCAGGACUAUAAAGAGAACGACCGGCCCAGCUCCCUGGUGUCGGAGGCGAUCGACUACAACAUGCCGCUGACCACCACCUACAUGAAGCAGAUGAAGCUGCAGUGCAUGAGCAGCAACAAGGAUGACAGUUCACUGAGCAGCGAGGAGGAGGCAGAGAUGAGCGAGCCCACAUGGCUAUCAGCUGAUCUGGGAGCAGCGUCCGACCUGAGCCCAGCGAGCCGAGGAGAGAGGAUGCAGCACAGUCCGCCCAACGCCCACGGCAAGGAGGACGACGAUGAUUCCUCCUCGGAGAGCGGCAGCGGCAACGGUCUGCCGGCCCUGACCCCGCCUUCCUCUGCCGUCACGGACGCCGCCAUCGUCAGGGAAACGGAGGUCGUCAACGGCAACGGAGGCCCCGCCCCGCUGGACUUCAGCACCCCGACCUCGUCCUCGUCCUCGUCGGAGGACCAGCAGCCGAUGAACCUCAGCGAGCCGCCGCCACAGCGCCUGUCCUCCGCCCACCUCCCCGUCACCGUGUCGGCGGCGGCGGCGGCGCUGCUCGGAGCGCUGCACCCCAACGCCCCCGAGGAGCUGCGCAGGAAGUUCCCGCUGGCCGCCAAGCCGCCGCUGCCGCCGCAUCCGGCACUGCCACUUCCUCUACCGCACACACACACACCCAACACACACUCACACACCGCAGAACUGCGACUGGACCGAGACGGCCGAGACUACGGGAGCAAGUCUCCCCCGUACAGCUUCGGCGGCGGCUACGACGGCGUGAAGAUGGACCUGAGCGCCGAGGACCUGACCACCGGUCGCCACGGCAGCCAGGUCGCCCCCGACGAUGACGACGACGAUCACGACGACCACGACGACAACGACAAGAUCAACGACACCGAGGGAGUCGACCCCGAGAGAUUAAAGGCCUUCAACAUGUUUGUGCGUCUAUUUGUGGACGAGAACUUGGACCGGAUGGUUCCGAUCUCCAAGCAGCCCAAGGAGAAGAUCCAGGCCAUCAUCGAGUCCUGCAGCAGACAGUUCCCCGAGUUCCAGGAACGAGCUCGCAAACGCAUCCGCACCUACCUCAAAUCCUGCCGACGCAUGAAGAAGAACGGCAUGGAGACUCGUCCAACUCCACCUCACCUCACCUCGGCCAUGGCUGAGAACAUCCUGGCUGCUGCCUGUGAGAGCGAAUCUCGCAACGCUGCCAAGAGGAUGCGCCUUGAAACCUACCACGAUGAGCAGAUCUCUCUGGACAAACCGUCCGGCGGCAGCGGCGGCAGUCUGAGAGAGCCGGCGUCUCUUGCUCACUCCGCCUACUCGCUGGCCGCCUCCGCCUUCUCCUCCCAGGACACCCAGCUCUACAUCAAUGGGGCCGGCCUUAGCUACGGUUACCGCGGAUACCCGGGCCUGGGCGCUGCCAUGCAACACCCUGUUUCCCUGACGACCAGCGCCGCCGCCCAGAGCAACGGCCCCACAGACCUCAGCAUGAAAUCUCUCUCCGCCGCCAACAUCGUCAAUGCCUCUGCCACCGCCAACAGCCUGGGUGGGCGGGGUAGUGGCGGCGCCGGAGGGGGCGGGGCCUCCACCCAGCUCAGCCAACCGGAGAUCACAGCCGUGCGUCAGUUGAUCGCCGGCUACCGGGAGUCGGCCGCCUUCCUGCUUCGCUCGGCGGACGAGCUGGAGAACCUCAUCCUGCAGCAGAACUGAUUUUGGCGGGAAAACACACACACCAAACACGCACAUAAACACACACACACGCACACACACACUUCCUGUUCUGUUUAUUUCGUCCGCUGUCUCCUCACCUCCUCUCGUUUUUUGCUCCAUAAUCUGCCUUCUCUUUGGGAGAACUGUGGCCGCUUUUAUUUUGAAGGAACAGUGGCGAAUCUCCAAAACAAUCCAGAGGAAAUCUAAAAAAGUUAGAGUAUUAAUAAUAAUUAGAAGGAAAAAAGGAGGAAUCUUCUGUGGAAUCACCUCACAAUCAGCGCCGGUGAUGAAGACGAGGAGCGAAGAUGAUGCUGGGAAGAAUUUCAAAAUAAAAUGAAAAAAAGACGUUUGACGCUUGGGGAGUUUUGCGCAUCAUCCUAAUGAAAUUAAAAAUAUGAAAUCCCGCUGACUCCCUGAAUAAUCGCUACUGCUUGCUUUUGAUUUUUUGUUUUGUUUUUGGGAGUCUAAUUUUUUGUUUAUCUUUUUUCCCAAGUGACUGAAAGAAAGAAAAAAGACUUAUCUUGAAAAAUAGCACUAUAACAGGAGUCCGAAAAGGGGCCAAAAGUAACGGGGAAAAUAACUAAAAUUUGUUUUAAAAAGAAAAAAACGACAAAAAAAAAGUUUUCUUGUGCUCGCUUGUAUAUAAGCUCACUGUGUCCCUAUAGCACUUUUCCCUUACCCCCGACCUCACCCCAUCCUCACCCGUCCUACCCAGGGAGCUAACUUCUGCUACUUAUGCAUCCGAGACCACCAGGAAAUACCUCAGAUCCGACCUGCCAACCCCGUUUUUUGUUGUUUUUUUUUCUGUUUCCUCUCACACACAAACACAAAAACACCUGAAGCCAGUUUACUUUCCAACCGUCCGAUGUCUUCAAAGUUUCUACAUUUUUCGUCGGAGAGAAUCAAAAAAGAAAAAAAAAACUUUACCUAAACCACUUUGGAGAACUUUUUUGCGGGUUUGUCGGCGCGCUGCUGUACAUAACGGAGGGGAGCUGAGCGGACUUUUCUUGAACUAAACUUUCUCGUAGGCGAAGUUUUACCUCCCGCUUCUACUUUUUACAGCCAACGAAACCUCAGCAUCUUUAACACCUCCUUCCUUCCUCCCUUCUUCUUCUUCUUCUUCUAGUUCUUCUUCUUCUCCAUUGGACCUACUCUCCACCUCUUCUUCAUGGACCUAAAAACCUCCUGUCCGGGUUUCAGAGGACGACGAGGAGUUUUUUCUCUGUCUUACUGUGUUUGUCUGUUAAACUCUAAAAUGGCCAUUAUUGUUAUUAUCGUUAUUAUUAUUAUUAUUACUAUGAUUCUAAUGAUGAACUCUCAUGUUGCUGCUGCUAUUCAAACAAACCGGACCUUCUGCCAUAGACCUGAAACCUCAACUAGCCGACCGAAAGACCGACCAAAAGACCUCCGUCUAAAUCAUGUUUUAGCAAAAUCGACCUUUAUCUCCAUCAUGCUGGUUGGUUGGUUCCUUCGUUUUCGAUUCAUAGGGCUCGAUUCAUGUUGUGUUUUUGUGACUUUCUAACUGUGAAUUUUUUCUUUUGUUUUUUCUUCGUUUUUUUUGCGAUUCUUCUUCCUCUGGAGGGCCGACACACUUUAAACUUCUUCGGGAGGCCGAAUCAGUCCAGCGCAGGAUCUCUAGAAAUGGUUUUGAAAAGGAGAUGAACGUGUUGCAGAUUGAAUCCUGUCAGGUUUUAGCUUUCAGCCGUCGCUGAAGGUAGUUUUCUGUUUUCAUGCGAGUUCUGUGCACAUUUUUGAGGAAAAUUUGCUUAUUUUGCUUUUUUUUUAAAGUUCAAUAAAAGAUCCUCACAGCUGUCUGUUAAAUUUGAAGCUCAAGCUAGCGGCCACUUAGCCGCUAGCUUAACCUAGCUUAACCUAGCUUAGGAUAACUAGCAAAAGCAGCUACCGCACCUAUCAAUGCGUUAUAUAUUGUCUUAUUAAGCCAUAAACAAAGUAGAUAAAACGUGUGGGUUGGUGCACUUUAACCCUCUGAACUCCAAGCAGCAGUUUCUUGGUGCUUUUUGUUCAUUUUUCUUCAUUGUUGAUUCAGUUUUUGCUACAUUUUUACCAUAAAGAAAGAGAAAGAACUUAGAAAUGUCUUUUGUGCUGUAGAAAAAGUUAGAAUGCCAUUAAUUAUAAAACAGAAAAGGCAAAAUUUUCGUUUAUAUGAUAGUUUAUUUCACAAAAAUUGGAAAAAAAUUGGAAUCAAGCUAAAUGGUGACCACUUAAUAUAGACAUUUUAUUCGUUAUAUUCUGACAACCUCUACAAGCUGGGCUUUCCACCUUAUUCUAGAUGUUUCUCCAUACUGAAUGUAUCUCCAACAACUUACUCCUCUGUUCACUGUUUCUGAGCCAUGCUGCAUUUAUUUUGUUCAUCCAGGAGCUUUGAUUUUCCUUUCAGGCUAGCAUUGUAGAAAAUCAUUUGAAAUGUGACCAAAAUAAUGUAAAACCAGUUCAGAAUUACUCAAAAAUAAUUUCAAAUGGCCUGAAAACUGUCCAAAAUUACCUAAAACUUGCUUGAAAUUACUCUGAAUGCAUUUGAAAUGACAGUUUUUGAGUCACUACAGACAAUUUGAGUCAUUUUCAACAAGUUUUAAUCCAGUUUUGAGUGUCUGCUGAUCACCCGUAGAAAGAUGUUUCACCAUGCUAAAUGUAUCUUCAAAAACUUGCUCCUCUGCUUACUGUGUCUGAGCCACGACACAUUUAUUUUAUUCAUCCAGUAGCUUUGAAUCUCUGUGGAAACACUGCCUGCAGUUCAACCUGAAAAGUCUUAGUUUUUUGGGGGGGGUCACGUGACUUUUGAUCGCAGGUGAGUCACUGAUGAUGUCACAGUUGCAUCAAGGAGCGCAGAAUUUUUUGUUUUUUUGCAGAAUCCGGUUUGCGCAUACGGAUAAUUUUUGUUGAAUUUUUGAACAAAACACGUAAAAUAACGUGAUUUUAAUUAUUUAUCAGGCUUAAAUUAGCUUAAGUUUUGGAUGAUUAGUUCAUGGAGCGUUGGAAAGUUGAAAAUCUGCUGAUUGAAUUUUGAUGAAUUUUGUUGAUGUUAUUUAAAGUAAACAUGCCUUUCCAACCCGUCGGCGGGUUCUGGGGUCCAGAGGGUUAAACAAAGCCAUGCUAGCUGUUUCCAGCAUUCACGCUAAGCUAAGCUAACAGUUGAGAAAGCGAAUAAGAGUUGGAACAUCAGUAACACCUUAGCUUUCAUUCAACACCACUUAUGGUUCAAAACAAGCCCAGAUUUCCUGGUUUUGGAUUUGCUAACUGCUGGCGUUUGUUAAAUUUAGCAUCGAAGGGCAUUCUGAAUGUCUCGUCACAUCUCGGCCCGUUCAGAAGAUGUUGGGAAAUCAGCGAAAAAGAACAACUGGAGUUCCUCCCGAGGCUUUGCUCUGUGUUCUGUGGUUCAGUCCGACUGUCCUGUCACUGUAAUUUGCUCCCUUUUUGCACACUGAGCGAAGCCACAGUUGUCUGUGAUGUGAAGAUGUGAAAGGGUUCGGGGGGUCUUCUGAGGGUCUAUAUGCAUGUUUCUCCAGCAGGGACCCCUCAAACCCUUAGACUUGCACUGCUGGAGGGAGACGUGUGGCGGGUUUUUGUUUUUUGCAAUGCAGCUGAUAAUCAUAGCAUUCGCUGGUCUUUAGGGACGAACGAGGAACAGAUUCAUACCUCGAACCCACAAACACGAAACCUCCAUCCAGAGUUCCGCAGAUUGGUGUCAGAAGCUCCGCAUCUGGUUGAAAUGUUGAAAAGUUGUACAGGAUGUGUUUUUCUGUUUGUUCGGGAAGCUCUGCUUAAAGUGUUCUGAUCGCUGGAUGACAAACAUGAGAAAAAUAUGCAAAAAAAAACGACCCAACUGGAAGAGAAGGACGGACGACGGUGUCUCAGGAGCGUUUUGGUGCAACUUCAAACCAAUGCAACAAACAGAUUAUUCACCUAAAAGUUCAAAUUUGAUCCAUCAGCCAUUUGAAAUAAGAGGAAACUCGUAAAACCCACUGAGAUGCAAUCAAAUAUUAAUUUAAUUUUAGUGUCUUCAUUCAAUUAAACAUUCAAAGGGGGUUUUGAGAGUUCAUAUAGUUUGCUCUUAACAGAAUAUUUAGUCUUUUCUGUUGUUGAAGACACCAGCGACUCGUCCCCCUCUCUCCUGUUCGAUCCUCACUGUGCUCUCAGACACUGCCAACAGUUCGGCUGCCUGGUUUUUGCUUCGAAUUAGUCCAGACCCGCUCAGUCGAUCUCAGAGUUUUUGAUUGAUCCGGUGACUCGGGUACCUGAAUCGCACACAGAUGAUUGGAAACCAGCCUCCUGAUCACGGCAAAAACACUCAGCAUCAAUGUGGAAGUUGGAAAAUCAAACAAUAUUUGCAAAUUUGCAUGAAAAUACAACUUAAACUUGAACUCAGAAAAUUCCAAGACUGAGUGUAAAAGUAAAAAAAAAAAAAAAACACAUUUCAGUUGAAUUUUCUAGUCAGAUCUGUCAACAAGUUGACUUUGCACAGCGACGCUCUGCUCCCAGUGCUCCUGCAACACUUCAAACACUUCCUGGAAGUCCUUUAAUGGUAAUAUGUUGUACACUAUCACCGCCAAAGCUCCUAAACUGUAUCAAAACAGCGACUCAUGAACUUGAAUUUCAUUUUCGGGAAAAGGGAAGAAGCUGCAGGGAGUUAAAUCCAGCAUGACGUUUGGGUUGUUGUGGCCAAAAUGUCAGCCAUAAGCAAAAAAACUACAUUCUCAGUUACGUAUUAAGGUCCACAGUUGGACUUCUUUGAGUUACAUCCCAUGACGGACAACCUAAAUUUUGUUUUCUGUUGUUUUCUUGCAGUUUAUACUCACUAAUUUCAUGGUUCUGGUUGAAAUAUGAGCCCUCUGCUACAUGUUUAAAGCCUGAUAGUUCAAGUUGCUGCGUCGGAUGUUCUACCUCACGAACCUCAGAACGCUACAGUAGAACUUAGUCCGAUUCUGGGGAUGAACUCUUGGUGCACAGCCACCUGAAUGUUCAUGAAAACAAAAAGAAUUCUUCUCAGAAUGCAGAUCUUUAGCUGUCAAACAUGCUGUUUCUACUCCUGAUGGUAGUUACAAACCCACAUCCGGUCACCAGUGAUGAUCCUCCACAUGAAGGAUGCAUCAUCUACGGUGAAAUCACAAAUGCACACCUACUGGUACUCACAAAAUCACGCCUAAUGCUGAUUUGUGGAAGUUCUAACUCCAACAUAUUGCAACACAAACAUUAUGCUGAUGCUGAGAUCAGUUUCUGUCGGUUUUCAGAAGGUGACGAAAUCCUGAUUUGCUCGUGAAACUGGUGUGAAGGUCCCCCAGAUCACAGACGGAUCCAGUGGUUUUUAGUUUCAUUUCAUUUCAGGGAGAACGCGAGUGAACCAGGCUGACUUUACCUCCUUCAACUGAUUCUCAAAAUGCUGCUGCUGUCCUGAAAACCUCCAAAGUGUGUUUCUGAGAAAUGAAGGAAAAGCUGUUUUGUUUUUUUAAAUCACACCACAUUAUGGGUAUAAAAUGGGUCAAUGAGCUCCUGCUGUCAGGAUUUAUUAUCUGCAGGGGAAGGGUGAUGCCACAUUGGACUUUUAUGCAACAGCAACAUUUCGUACAAUUUAACCUCAACAGUCUUAGCUAGACGUUUUAUUUUUGGGGGCAAAAUGAAGUUUGGAACCUAAAAGAAAGUGAAAGCUGUUGAACUGAGUUAAAGUUGUGUCCUGAGCAUGAAAAAGCUCUGCAAACUCUCCUGCUACUUUAAAAUGGAUCUUACUUACCACAAGUAAAACUACAAAAGCUUCACUUGUAGUCGGCAAACGCUGAAUCGGUGACUUCUAGAAGUCAUAAAAUGUGUUAUGAAUACAUUUUAUGACUUUUAGAAGUCAUAACUUCUUGACUUAUGACUUCUAGGAGUCUUCUAGACUUAAGACACUAGAAGUCAUAAGUCUAGUUUUAUGUCUUCUUGAUGACUUCUGGAAGUCAUAAUGCAUGUUUGUAACACAUUUUAUGACUUCCAGGACUCAUAAGUCUAGAAGACUUUCAGGAGUCAUAAGUCUACAACUUCUUGAAGUCAAAAAAGAAGUCAUAAAAUGUGUUCAGAAAACACUAUUAUGACUUCUCCUAGUCACAAGUCUAGAAGACUUCUCGAAAAUAUAAAAAGUCGUCAAGUGUGUUUAUAACAUGUUUUACUACUUCUAGAAGUCAUGAAAGAAGUAAAAAAAAAAACACGUUUUUACUAAACGUUUUAUGACUCCUCGACUUCUUAAGUCUAGAAGACAUCUAGAAGUCAUAAAAGAAGUCACGAAACAUAUUUGUAACACAUUUUCAUGACACAUUUUAUGACUUCUAGGAGUUACAAGUCUUGAAGGCUUCUAGAAGUCAUAAAAGAAGUCAUAAAACAUGUUGGCAACAGAUUUUAUGAGUUCAUUUAGAACUUCUAGAAGCCAUAAAGCAUGUUAUGAACACGUUUUAUGACUUCUAGGAGUCGAAAAAGAAGUUUUGACUCUUAGAAGUCAUUUGAGAAGUCCUAAAGGAUGUAUCCAUAACACAUUUUUGCAACACGUUUUAUGACUACUGGGAGUCAUAAGUCUAGAAGGCUUCCAGAAGUCAUCAAGUGUCAUGAAAGAAGUCAUAAAACAUGUUUUCUGACUUCUAGGAGUCACAAAAGAAGAGGUCAUAAAAGAAAGUAUAAAAUAUAUAACACAUUUUCGUGAUGAGUUUAAUGAUUUCUCGGAGUCGUAAGUCUCGAAGGCUUUUAGAAGUCAUAAAACAUGUUCGUAACAGGUUUUCUGAGUUCUAGAAGUCAUAGAAUGUGUUCCGAACACGCAGGUUCCUUCGUGUCUUCUGUCAGAAAAGACGGUUUUCUACCAGGUCAGUUUAUUUCAAUACCACAUUUUAAGAUAAAAAACACCAACAACUGUAGAGAAAAUGACAAAAAAAUUAAAUAAAGCAAAUGACAAUCUUCAGAAGGUGUAAUUUGCUCACUGUUUGAUUUCUCCGAUCGGGAGAAGAAUCCGAGCGUUUCAGCCAUAAUCAAACCUCCUCCUCCGUUUCUGUCGACACAUUUCUAUCUGAUUUCUAUUUUUUAGAUUCACAUGACGACUGCGAUCAAUGUUCUUCUGGUUAUGAUUUUAUAGAUAUAUUUUGUAGUGUGAGUAAAGUGAUCUUUUUUGGAGAAGAUAUUUUGUACAAUAUUCCGACAGCUUCACUCUGUGUUGCCUCUUACUGUACAUUCCAAACAUGGAUGUCAACCAACACUGGACCUGACCGGCAUCACCAAACACCAUCAGCAGGGUUCGAUCCUAUCAGGUGGUCCAGUCAGGAGUUCUAAUCAAACCAGAUGUUUGUCUGAAGAUGGGGGAAUCUGAAGCUCCACUUUACCCUUUAAGGUUUCGAAGCAGACACUGGUUUUUAAAGGUUUUGUUUAUGCUUUGGCGUGGUUCUGGAAAGGUUUUAAAUCUGCUUCCUGACCUCUAACACUGCAGACAAAGAGCAGACUCUCUGGUGUUUGGACAACAGAGCAGCCCUAACCUUUACGAAAGACACCUGCAGUGAAUUCCUGCAGCUCCAGCAGACGUGAAACCUUAAAGAAUCGGCCUCAUUUUUACUCCGAAUGAUCCGUAGAUCUUUGACCAAAACAAGGUUUCUUUGUUGGAGAUUUAAAGGCUCCAUAAAGUUAUGUGUAUACACAACUAAACUGCUUCUCAGUUAUGUUUUAAGGAUGAGACAACGUUAUUUUAAGACUUAAAUUUAGUUUUCUGUGGCAGUUUUCAUUGGUUUUCUAGUUCAGUUUUGGAAAAAUCUCAAUUCAGCUGCAAAUAUGACACUUUACUAUUUGUUUAAAGCCUCUCCUCAAUUUUCUGGGUUACUAAUGUGACAAAUCUAUCUAAUAUAUGUUUGUUUGGCUGAAAAGCAGCAAUCGCAAAGCUAAAAAAAAAAAAAACAGAAAAGAUGCACCAGUUAGAAACAAACCAAUGCAAUAGUGCAGCAAAUAUAAAACAAAAUGUAAAACAUAAUGGACAAUGUAGUUUAGUUGCAUAGAAAUGUAAUUUUUUGAAACUGGGUGAAGAAAAAGCGAAAUAAAAUACCGAGGUGUGCAGUGCAGAAACUUUAUUUUCACUUAACAUUUAUUUACAUUUGAAUCAGAAUUUUCACAUUUUCUGGAAUAUAAUUUUGCACAAAAACCAUCUCAGGCUGUUAAAAAUUAGUUUAGUUCAAACAUUUAUUUUCUAAUAAGGAGUUACAUGGGAAAACUGAUUCCAGUGUAAUCUGACACCGCAACUGGUUAGCUUAGCUUAGCAAGACUUAAAAUGCUAGCUAAAUCCUCCAAGCAACACCACUACAGCUUAUUGAUUAACUUAGAAUCAUCCCUUGAGUCAUUACAAAUAUUUUUUUGGGCAUUUGCAACAAUUUCCAAGUAUUUUUGUGUCUUAUUGAACAAUUUGCAUCAUUUUGGACAGAUUUUGAGAAAUAUUUGGGUUAUAUUUUUACAUUUUUGAAAACUUAAAUGUAAAUUGACCAAUUUUUGGUCAAAAAGACUUUUGAGUUCUUUUAAAAACUGCAACCAGAUCAGUUUUUACGUCCAUCCAGGCGUCACUGAAUCUGUUUUUUGCUUACAUUUGAUGUUUCAAUCUGUCCGAAGUUCUUCAAAACAUGACCACAAUGACAACGACCUGUCUAAAGAAGUGAAAAUCUGUUCUACCUUAGUUAAAAAUGGACUAAAAAAUAGUUUAAAAGCCAAGAAUUACAUAACAACAUAAAUCUCUACUGGAAUUUGACACUGCAGCUGGUUAGCUUAGCAUAAAGACUGAAAACGCUAACUUAAUACAUUGCACAGUACCGCUAAAGCUAAUUAUGGUUUUAUGAAUAAAAUGGGUUUUUUUUUUACCCUAAACCACACAAACAAGACAAAUGUGUUUAUUAGCGACCUUUAGCACACCAGGUUAGUUUCAUUAAUCAAUUGGUUGUCAGCUAAUACAUUAAUCUGCAACUGUUUUGGUAACUGAAGACUGAAUUUUAAGAAAAAAAGUGUAAAUUCUGUGAUUGCAGCGACUUGAAUGUGAAUACUUUCUGGUUUCUUGACAGUAAACUGUAUAUCUUUAGACCAAACAAGACGUUUUUCACCAUUUUCUGACAUAUUAUUGUCCAAACAACUAUUUAGUUGACAAUAAAAGUAAACAUAAGCUGUAAUGCUAAGCUAAGCUAAUCGCACGGAGCUGUUACUGUUCAAAUGAGCUGACAUCAGAUGAUGAUCUUCAGAAUUAAAUGUCAGAGCUUUUUCUCAGUUUCAGCUAAAACAAAGAGUCACAAAAUGGCGUCCAUUUCUUCUUCGGUGGUGCUUCAGAUCCCUCCGUUUCCUGACUCUUGGCGGCGUUUGUUUUUUUCCUCGUUCUGUCCUCACCUGACUUCGUACCUGGACUCUUGAUUGUCUGAUUUCUCUGCCGGGCCUUCGUACCUUCAGUAAAACCAAUGUGAAACCUGUAUUUUCCUCAUGAUUUGACUCAGUGGAAGUGUGAUGUUUACAUGUACAGAUUUUUGCGAUUCUUUCAGGUUUUAUUUUUUCUGUUCCUCUCAUCUUAUUUCUCCCCUCCAUCCCUGUUUCUUUUAUUUUUCUAUUUUUCAGUUGACCUGACUCCUUCCUUUUACACUCUGAAGGGAAAUGGGACUAAAUAAAUACGAUUACCGCCGUUUUUACACACUUAUCGCAGGACGGGGACGUGCUAAAGGUUUUGUUCGUCUUCGAAACAUACGUCACGUUUGGUCGAUGAAUGCUAACAAUGCUAGCAGCUGCUAGCAGAUCAAUUUUGUGCAGAACUUGAGGCCGAACCAUCCUGUCCGAACAGCGACCGUCCAGGACGGUUGGGAGUCGAGUUGUGUGCUAUUUCGGCCUCUGGGGGGCGCCACUGCCAUCCGCCUCGGCCGACCACAACCCGGUGGAGAUGAUUCCUCAGCGAAUGAUAAGCCAUGAUGGACCCGCGAGUCUCUAUUAGUAUAUUUAGCAAAAGUUAAAACUGCAGAAGACAAAACUCAACCUCAGGAAACAAAAAAAAAGAAGGACGUCACUUUUGUAAAAACACUGAAGGCCCAUUUCCCUCUUUCUCUUUGAUACCAUAUAAGUUAUAUCAGAAAUUCUUUUUAUAUUUAUUGUGUUUCUUAUUAUUCUUCUAUAUACCAGUGGAUCCUUUUUUUCCAGUAACCUGUGGCUGAAUAUUUUGAUUCUUUAGAAAAGUGUUAAUAAUAUAUGUGAAGCAAUGAUCGAGGAUUUAAAAAAAAACAAAAAACAGAAGUAUCUAGGGUUAUUUUUUUCCGUUUGUUGGCGUUUGUUCGGCCCAACAAUGAGAACAUAUCACUCUGGUCCAUGACAAAGAAACCAAUGAUUGAAAAACUGAGCUUUCUUUUGUGUGAUGUCACUGCUAAAGGCUGAAAUGUUUCUGGACUGAAAAAAAAAACUAUUGUGACUUUUUAGUUUAAUUUCUUUUUUUGUUUUUAUUUUGUUUGUUUUCAUUUGUUUGUUUCCUUCCGAGCUGUACGUCACAAAGCUAAAUAUACUAAUAAAACGGUGUGCUAUCUAUCAAA